UUGUUGUUGAUGUUUUCUUUUUCUUUUUAUCGCAUUUAAUUACCAUUUUUGCGGUUUUAGUGGUAACAACGGUCAUCUAGUGAAUCACAACCGACCGACGGGGCACCGUCCUCCACCGCCACAUGUGAUCGUCCUCCUCGGACUAUUCACUUCGAAAUCGUCGCAAACUCGCAAAUUUGCCGUCAAACGAUAACAUUAUUCUCGACAGUUUACUUUCACUACAUACACAUAAUCAUGUAUACAUAAUUAGUAGGUACACGUUUUUGUAUUCGUAGAUACAUGCGCAACAUAAACUUCGUUGAUAUAUAAAUUUUUUUUUCUGUGAUGAGUGCCAAACACGUAGAAAUGGACCGAAGACCAUCGUCUUACAGAUCACGUCCAUCGUCGUCCAAACCAUCGGGUCCUAGUUGUGUGAUCUGUUUUAAAAUGCAAUCAAUUUAUUCAAUUGGUACUUGCGAUCAUCCUGUAUGUUAUGAGUGUUCAACUACCAUGCGAGUGCUCUGCGAUCAAAAGGAGUGUCCAAUAUGCAGGCGAAUACUGACCAAGGUUAUUUUUACUAAAGAUGAGGUGGAUUUGUUUAAAAAUUUAGAUGAUCGUUCAUAUCCCCGUUAUAACAAAAAGUAUGGCAUUGCGUUUGGUGAUCUUUCUGUGGAAAAUUCUUUUGACCAAUUACUGCGUUGCUACUGUAAAAAAUGUUACGAACGCCCAGAGUUCACAACAUUUGAACAAUUAGCUACACACAUGGAACGAAACCAUCGUCUUUAUGCUUGUCGUCUUUGUGUGAACAAUUUAAAGAUAUUUCCAAGCCAGAGACGUUGGUAUAACUAUGAUGAAUUAACUAGACAUGAAGAAUGCGGAGACCCCGAUAAUACAUCUCACCGAGGCCAUCCUGAAUGUCAAUUUUGUAAUGUUCGUUACCUAGACAAAGAUGAGCUUUAUAAACAUCUAAGGAAAGAGCAUUUCUAUUGUCAUUUUUGUGAUGCUGAUGGUAUUCAAGACUACUACAUGACAUAUGACUGGUUGAGAAAACAUUAUUUUGACAAACACUAUCUUUGUGAAGAGGGAAGUUGUAUCAAUGAAAAAUUUACAUCAGUUUUUCGUACAGCAAUCGAUUUACAGGCUCAUAGAGCUCAAACACACAGCAGAGAUUUGGGAAAACAAGGAUACAAAGAAGCGCGUACUUUAAAACUUGAGUUUACCUUACGACCGAGACACAAUCCGGCUGUUGAAGCAGGCAGGCCAAACCAAUACCAACCGCCCCGACCCCGCCAACCACCAUCUGAUUAUUCUCACAACAACAACAACCAUUCCGUCGGUCAAGAGUUGGCGACCUCAUCAUCAGCAUCGGAUCGCGCGAUCAACGUACGCAACACCUCAGACUUCCCAUCUUUGAAUGGUCAGCAUACUACGGUGUUGCCAUGUGCCCGCACCAGGAAACAAAACCAAUCAGUCAACACACGAGAUUUGCAUUCGUUCCCGGCCCUGGGACAGGACCCACAGCCGCCGGUGGCGCCCAAGGCACAGAAACCAGCGAUGAACAGCAUCCGAAUGGCCGCUGUGCUAAAGAAACCUGCGGAACCCCCUAAGCCGGACCGAAACAAAGACGCCAAGGCGCCUUCAGGCCCACGGUUGCCUAAUCAGGCCAGGGAUUUUCCGUCCCUGGACGGCAACCAAAACCAACAGCCACAACAGCAGCAACCAAACCUGCAACACCCCAGGUUGGCUGCCAACAAGGAGACGACGGCGGCCAGUGGUUCGGGUGGUGGCAGUUGGGUGUCUAAAGCCAAGACAGGAAACGAGAGUGACAAAAAAAAAGUUAAAAAAGAACCGGCUGCAAUCAAGAAAAAAAUAGCCGAGGCGCCCAAGGUUCCAGGCCCAUCGGACUUUCCGAAUUUGAACAAAAAAUAUGAACCGUCCAAGAGCAACCUUGCUAAGUUGGGCGGAAACAAAAAGAAAUCGGAAAACUCGAAGAAAAUCAUGCCAGGAGAAAACAACGUCAACGGCAGUGGUAGUGGUACUGUUCAAAGCGGGAAGAAAAACCUUGCAACUGUGGACCACAAUGGCGCCAAUAAGGAAAACUGCAACAAGUCCAAUACGAAAACCGUCGACGCGGUGCAGAUGAGCAACGGCGAAGUGUUAUGCAAGACGGCGACUACUACUUCCACAAACAAUAAAGCAGUCACCAGCAAGCCUGAAGUGAUUAAGCCCGUCUCUGCAACCCCUGCAGAACUACCGAAAAAAGAGCCGUCCAAGAAGAAAGAGUCUGCUGCGGUAGGUCGACCGUCGGCACAACCUGACGAAGAAUCCGUGUCGGACGCUAACAACCCGAAAGAAAAGAAAAAAAGAAAAAAGAACGAAAAUCGAGGAGAGCAACAACAACCCACCUCAACGAGUCACCAACAACAAGAAAAUCAUCACCAGCAACAGCUACCGAACAAUUAUAUCAAAACGUUAACGCCGAAAAUACCACCCGGCUUCGAGAACGCGUACCAACAGCAACAGCAACAACCACAGGUCAGAGCACCCCCCGGGCUGUCUGGUAGCCGUGGACCUUCACCCGCAGCACAGAACCAUCUCCGGAUCAAAGCGCCGCCUGGUCUGUCGUUGACCGACAGCGGUGGUGAUGGCGGUAAACCGUUCGAGUACUUGCAUCCGGCCGGCUCGUCCGUCCGGAACAAAGUGCUCAUCAACAACCUGAUGGCCUCGCUCAUACCUGCCCGCGACGAACGCUUCGACACUUUCGAGAAGUUCAAAGAGAUGUCCACGCUGUUCCGCAAACACGUCAUCACCGCGUUUGAUUUCUACUCGUACUGUGUGGAAGCACUGGCUCCGCACAGCUUCGAUGCCGUGUUCCAAGAACUCGUGCUGUUGUUGCCCGACAUCCAGAAGCAACGGGAAUUGCUGUUCAUCUAUAACCGGAACAGCAGACAUGAAAUGGACGUAGAAGUGUGCAAACACUGUCGCCAAGUGUUGAGGGCUAGUGACUUGGAAUCUCACCAGUCCGUUCACAGUUCGACUGCGCGCAGUUGAAAUUCAUCGGAGCCGUCUGUGUCUGUAUUGCACAAAUCGCAUCACGACCGCCGGUCAUGUCUCCCAAAUGUAAUUAUUAAAUCAUCAUUUUAUUAUAAUUUUAUGUAAACGUUUUUAAAAGUUGCGCUCGCGAGUGGGUGUUAAAAAUAUCAAAAAUAUUACUACCUAUAAAUAGUUAUUUUUUUUUUUGUAAUUAUUUAUUAUUAUUAUUUAAUUGCAUGUAUAUAAACAUUAUUAAUUCUUAAGAGAGCUAAGUUUAAUGUUAAACACAUUUGAAAACAAUUAUUAACAAUAAUAUGUUCUCCAAAGCUCAAUGUGCUUGUUAAGUUUAUAUUCAUAUAUAUUAUUUACCUAUUAUUAUUAUUAUUAUUAUUACUAUUAUUAUUAUAGUUAUUUGUCGGCUCUGUUCAAAUAUUUACAGUGAUAAAAUAAAAAUUAACAUCGUCCGCCAUUUAAAAAUUGACGAUUUAAGUGAAAUAUAUUAUAUCAUUCAAUGUAUAUAUCAAGUGUUUUAUGUAUGAUACAACUACACACUUAUAACAGUAAUAAUAAUAAUACUAAUAACAAUAUUAUGUACAGGCAGGUCGUGAUGUUUUGCUCGAUAGCUCCGGUCGUAUACUUGAUGUGUAUAUUAUAUCUAGAAAUCAAUCGUUUUUAAUACAAUAUAAUACGUACUAAAUAUUAUUAUUAUAUAAGUAUAUUUUAUUAUAUUAUUAUAUACAACCGACUAAUUAUCUUUGGGUACAGAUAUUAUCAUAUUGUUUUUAAUUAUAGUGUAAGGGAGAAACACAUUACAUAUUGUACAUUAUGUAUGUUUUCGGUCGAUCAGACAAUAACAUUAUACUAGACUGUAAUAAAGAAAAAUAAAUGUGUAUUUGUAAAAGAA